AUGAAGGGUUUCAGUUCGCUCCUCGUGAUCGGCCUCGCUGCCUCUGCCGAGGCUGCCCGCCUACCACUCUGCUCGGCUGUGUGCCUGACCAACGGUAUCGCCGCCACCGGCUGCAAAGCCAUUGACACAGAAUGCAUCUGUCAAUCCCCAGAAUUCAUGUCCGCCGUGACUGAAUGCGUCGAGGAACGAUGCUCAGAAGAUCAUAAGUCCACUACUGUCCAGACCGCUGAGUCCUAUUGCUCUGCCGCUGGCAUUCACGGCCAGCUUAAGAAGCGUGAAGCUGCUCCAGAGCCUGUUGCUGAGCCCGAAGCCGACCCGGAGGCUGACCCUGAGGCUGACCCAGAGGCCUGGGGUGACCACGGUGGCUUUGGUUUGGGAUGGUUCCGGAAAGGUGGUGGUGGUCGACCGCACUGGGGCUGGGGUAAAGGACGACCCGGCCCUGCUGUUGUGAAGUCGCCACCGUGGAAGUGGGUUCCGGACUUCAACAAGCCUGGCUCGGAGGAAUGGUGGAAGCAGCAAGUCGCUCAAUGGUGGAGGGACAACGGCUACAACUGGUGGCGCUAUAACGGAUGGCACUUCGCACCGCCCAAGCCCAAGGACUCAUCCCCUCCCCCAGCCCCGUGGUGGUCUCAUUUCGAUGAAAACUGGUGGCAAUCCAACGCUGGCAACUGGUGGCAUGGACCUUCGGGAAAUCAAGGACAAUGGCACGGCCCCAAGCCAUGGUGGCCAACUGCUCCUGCCUCCACGGCCCCAGAGCCACCUCCACCAACAUCGACCUGGACGCCAACCAGCACGCCUACUGCACAACCGUGGACUGACUGGAUUCACACCGUCACCGUCACUGCCACCGCCACCCCAUCCCCAACACACACACACACAAAACCAUCGUGGACUCCAUACACGACGUCCAAACCAGUACAAACUGUCAUCCCUUGGAAGGAUUGGUAG